AAAAACAAUCAUAAAUUCACUUUCAUUCAGUUAAAAGGCCAAUUUUGUCAUAACCACCUACCAUGUUAUCUCUCUUCUUUCUCUCUCAUAACAUAUAUAUGAUUUUUGAAUGGAUGAUUUUUGAACAAAUCCAAUAAUUACUACCAAAAUAUUUAGAAUGUGUUUUCCAAUCCUAGAUCCACACCACAAAAGUCUCAACCCAAAACCCCAUUUUGAACUCUCUCUUUUGAUGGUGCUGAUUCUCCUCUCAAGUUUCCUAGAAACCUUAUGAAUGCAGUGAAUGUUUCCAUAUUAAUAGCCAGUUAACCACUCAUGAUCAACCACCACUGAGCCAUCACCAUUAAGCUGUUUUACACUCCAGGUGCCGCGGUUGGAAUAAUAUUCCCGCUGCAAUCCAUUCAUAUGCUGCUGUCUCAACAAACUGCAGGGUUAAGUCUCUUUCCCGAAACACUUUCAUUCAUCAAUCAGCACAAUCCAAUCACCACUCCAUAACACUAGAAGAAGAAGCGAUGGAGAGUAGUACGUCAAAGUUUGUAAGAUUCCCAUUGUUGAUGGAUGAUACUGAUACUACCAAUUACACUGCAUGCACCAUUCCUUGGAGGUUCCCUUCUGACGACCCAACUGUCCCUACUCCCACCGAGUUUUCUUGGAUUAAUCUCCUAUUCAGUGGUAUCCCCUCUUACAAGAAGCGUGCUGAAAGUGAUACUUCUGUUCCUGAUGCUGCAAAUAAAGCUGAAAUUUUUGCUCAAAGGUAUGCUAAAAUACUUGAAGAUUUGAAGAAAGAUCCUGCAAGUCAUGGGAAUCCUCUUGAUAUCCUUCUUCUAUGCCGACUUCGCGAGCAAGUCCUUAAAGAACUGGGAUUCAGAGACAUCUUCAAGAAAGUCAAGGAUGAAGAGAAUGCAAAGGCCAUCUCCCUAUUUGAGAAUGUUGUUCGCCUUAAUGAUGCCAUUGAAGAUGAAAGCAAGCGACUUGAGAAUUUAGUUAGAGGAAUUUUUGCAGGGAACAUAUUUGAUCUUGGUUCACCCCAGCUUGCUGAAGCUUUCUCAAGGGAUGGAAUGUCGUUUUCUGUUACUUGUGAAACUCUUCUCCCUCGACCAUGGAUUAUUGAUGACCUUGACACUUUGAAAAUGAGAUGGAGCAAGAAGUCCUGGAAGAAGGUUAUCAUAUUUGUUGAUAACUCUGGUGCAGAUAUUAUUUUAGGUAUUUUACCAUUUGCAAGGGAGCUCCUUCGGCGUGGGAGUCAGGUCGUUUUGGCUGCUAAUGACUUACCUUCUAUAAACGAUGUAACAUACUCUGAGCUAAUUGAAAUAAUAUCAAAGUUAAAGGAUGAAGAAGGACAUCUGUUGGGUGUCAGUACUUCAAAUCUUUUAAUCGCCAACUCCGGAAAUGAUUUACCUGUUAUCGAUCUUACAAGAGUAUCACAAGAGAUUGCUUCCCAUGCCAUUGAUGCCGAUCUAGUCAUUUUAGAAGGAAUGGGCCGUGGAAUAGAAACAAAUCUCUAUGCUCAAUUUAAAUGUGAUUCAAUGAAAAUUGCAAUGGUGAAACAUCCUGAGGUUGCAGAAUUUCUUGGGUCGCGGAUGUAUGACUGUCUAAUCAAAUACAAUGAAAUUUAGAGCUUAUAGUUGAGUCUGAUUCUUUUACAAGGCAGAAUUUUCAUUUAAGAGUUUGUUCUCUAAUACCAUUUGAUCACAUACUGGCUAGUUUUUUUAAACUUGAAUUGAAAAUUUCAUGUGCAGUUGAUUUGUGUUAUGCAGUCUUAGGAAUAAGAUGAUUCUUGAAUGAGUAUAUGAGUUGUAUGUGUUUCUCCAUUCUUUUAUUAUUUUUGCUUAAUUA